CCCCCUCUACACCGAGCUAAGCCAGCAGCCGAGCGGUACGGAAGCUGAAGAUAGUCGAUCGGCUGAAAACGCGUCGUCCGAUCGACGAUCGCUUCAAUCCCAGUAGACGAGCCGCACAAGACGCAUUGCCGAAUCAUCCAUCCACCAUGAGCCACCCGACGAUCGCCUUCGUGGCCCUCCUCGUCGCCGGCAGCAUCGGCGCUGUGAAGCCCAACAAAACUCUCAUAAACGUCGAGGUUUACUACGAGUCACUUUGCCCGGACAGCAUUUACUUCAUCACGCGGGAACUCGCGCCCGCUUACCCGCACCUCAAGGAUUUCCUACAUCUGAAGCUCGUGCCCUUCGGCAAAGCAUCGUGGAUCAUCGAUGAGAACAACAGGACCAAGUUCACGUGCCAGCAUGGGCCGAACGAGUGCUGGGGCAAUCGGGCCCAGGCCUGUGCUCUCAUGGAGAUCGAGCACUUGUCGGUCGCGGAUCCGCAGCUGCGCCAGCACAAGGCCCUCGACGUCGUCAAUUGUGUCAUGUCGAGCGGCGAUCCUGCCUUAGCGGUGCCUCAGUGCGCGGAGAAGCAGGGCUUGCCGGCCGAGGCGAUCGAGCGCAUCGGUAAGUGCAGCGGCUCUACCUACGGGGACGAGCUACUCAUCGCCAACGGCAAGAAAACCAAGGCUUUCGAGACACCGCUCAAGUUUGUGCCAUCGAUCGUCAUCAACGGAGAAAAGAGCGCGGCCGCAUUCAAGAACUUCAGAAGCAUCGUUUGCCGGUUGAUUGCAGUUAGUGAGAAGCCGGCUGCUUGCGGGCCGAGUAGCUAAGGCGCCUCGAGGCUCCAGUCCCACGGGCCAGAUAAGCCCAAGAAGACGAAGCGAGGGAUUGAAUAAAGAAGAUGUGAACGCCGACAGCCGAUGAGGCCCCAGGGAAACUCUAAUUUAGCCGCUUAUCGAUAAUCGCUCUUGACUCGCCACCCCAUAUUUACAAAUGUACAUGAAAAUUGAAGGCGCCCGUGAGCCCAGCUCCACCCUGUCGGG